CCAUGUGUCCCUCUUUCUUUCAGGCAAUAGAAGAAUCCCAUGGUAGACAGGUGGGUGACAGGAAGCGAGGACAUUCUACCUGCCUUGGAGAAGACACCUGAUCUGCGGAGUGAAUGACCAGGUCCUCUCAGAGCCUGACAAUGGAUGCUAUUCACAUCGGCAUGUCCAGUGUCCCCCUGGUGAAGCAUACUUCUGGGACUGGGCUCAUGGCCAACAGACCUCGAGUCAUGUCCAAGAGUGGGCACAGCAACGUAAGAAUUGACAAAGUUGAUGGCAUCUACUUACUCUACCUGCAAGACUUGUGGACAACAGUUAUCGACAUGAAGUGGAGAUACAAACUCACCCUGUUUGCUGCCACUUUCGUGAUGACCUGGUUCCUUUUUGGAGUCAUCUACUAUGCCAUUGCAUUUAUUCAUGGGGACUUAGAACCCAGUGAGCCAAUUUCAAAUCACACCCCCUGCAUCAUGAAAGUGGACUCUCUCACAGGAGCCUUUCUCUUUUCCCUGGAAUCCCAGACAACCAUUGGCUAUGGUGUCCGUUCCAUCACGGAAGAAUGCCCUCAUGCCAUCUUCCUGUUGGUUGCUCAGCUGGUCAUCACAACAUUGAUUGAAAUCUUCAUCACUGGUACCUUCUUGGCCAAAAUUGCAAGACCCAAAAAGCGGGCUGAGACCAUCAAGUUCAGCCACUGUGCAGUCAUUACCAAGCAGAAUGGGAAGCUGUGCUUGGUGAUUCAGGUAGCUAAUAUGAGGAAGAGCCUUCUGAUUCAAUGCCAGCUCUCUGGCAAGCUCCUUCAGACCCAUGUCACCAAGGAGGGGGAGCGAAUCCUCCUCAAUCAAGCCACUGUCAAAUUCCACGUGGACUCCUCAUCUGAGAGCCCUUUCCUUAUUUUGCCCAUGACAUUCUACCAUGUGCUGGAUGAGACGAGCCCACUGAGAGACCUCACACCCCAAAACCUAAAGGAAAAAGAGUUUGAACUCGUGGUUCUCCUCAAUGCCACCGUGGAAUCCACCAGUGCUGUCUGCCAGAGCCGAACAUCCUAUAUCCCAGAGGAAAUCUACUGGGGUUUUGAGUUUGUGCCUGUGGUUUCUCUCUCCAAAAAUGGGAAGUAUGUGGCUGAUUUCAGUCAGUUUGAACAGAUCCGGAAGAGCCCAGAUUGCACCAUUUACUGCGCAGAUUCCGAGAAGCAAAAACUUGAGGAAAAGUACAGGCAGGAAGACCAGAGGGAAAGAGAACUGAGGACACUUUUACUACAACAGAGCAACGUUUGAUCAUAGGGGUGUCAUCCAGGCUUAACCCUGCAAGCUGUUUCCACAUUAGAACUCCCUUCAAACACAAAGGUUGCUGUGAAAAUGAAAAUGUAUAGAUGCACUCUAAAAAAAACUGUAUGGAAUCAAUCCUUUCCUUUGAUCUGAUGACUAGCAAG